GAAACAUUGUUUGUGUCCUAUUACUUGAAGGUCAAGUAUGUAUUCAAUAGGUUUCCUAAUCAGACAUUGACUAGUGUACAGUGUACACACUCUAUAAAAUCCUAACUUCUGUGCCGUUUUGACAACACAAUUUGCUUUCUUGCAUUAUAUUCUCGUUCAAUCUUUCAAUCUCUCAAGUGGACGAGCACAAAGAAGAAGAAGACCAAAUGGGGUGGUAUUCAAGCAGUGACAGCGACUUUGAUGGCAUGUUCAAUCGCAAGUUGACUAAUAUGGGUUGGUUGCUUGAGAUUGUUAGGUUUGAUACUGAGAAAUAUAUGCAGGAAUACCUUUUGAAGCAAAAGAGUAACAUCAACAAAGAACCAAAUUGUGCAGCAGCAGAGAGAGAAUCUGAAAUUGCUGAGGCUGCACACCCAGUUGCCCCAUCCAUGGUGUCGUCUAAGUCCAAGAGAGAACGUUUGAUGACGGAAAAGGCACUCAAGAAGCCUGCACUAAUAGAGCCAAAGAAACAAAGAUCAUCUAAUGGACCAAAGCUUAUGCACUCUGCUAUUGCUUCUGCGAGAAAGACUAAUUCUUUGAAAAGAAAAUUCCAGAGAAGAGAUGAUGAUGAUGAUGAUAGUACUAAUUGGCCGCCUGUUGAAAGCAAGAAGCAAAAGAUGAUGAUGUCGAAGAAGAAGAAAAAUGCCAAUAAAGGCACCGGUUCGAUCAACAAGAUCACUCCGAAGAGAAAAGAACUAAGUAGUCUUUCCUCAUCAGCUCAUCAUGACUUGCCUGAAGCAUUUAAGAGAAAAAUUGACAGUUUGGGUGGGACUAAAGUGGCUUUGGUGAUACAGAAAAAACUGAGGGAAACUGAUCUAAGUAAAAGUGGUAACAGGAUGUCAAUGCCUCUGAACCAAAUCUCGUCGACUGAUUUCUUGGAAGAAGAUGAGAGAGGUAGGCUUGAGAAAGAGGAGACAAUGAAGGUUCAACUGAUAGACCCUGGUCUUGUACAAGGAGACAUAAACUUGAGACGGUGGAACAUGAAAAAGAAGAAUGGGAAAAACAGCAAAAUCUAUGUGUUGAGAACUCAGUGGAGUGAUGUUGCUAAGCGAAACCAUCUGAAAGAAAAAGAUCUUGUUCAAGUUUGGUCGUUUCGAGUUAAUGGAGCUCUUUACUUGGCUCUUGUUUUGGUUAACGAGAGUUGUGGUGGUGAUCAAAAGGAGAGUGAUGAUGGUGGGUAUAAGAGUAGUGUUGUUGAUGGUGAAAUUAGUAGUGGUGGUAGUCACGGUGGUGCAGAGGUAAUUGAAGAAAGGAGAGAUGGGAAUAAUAUUGGGGAAACUAGUGUGACCAAUGGGUCUAAUCAUACAAGUCCAAGCCAUAGUGAAAGUGGCAGCAAGCAUGAACAACCUGCACACAUGGAAGAUAGAAGAUGACAGG